AUGGACAACGGGUCGUGCUGCCUCAUCGAGGGGAACCCCAUCUCCCAGGUGAUGCCACCGUUGCUGAUCCUGGCCUUCGUGCUUGGUGUGCUGGGCAAUGGUGUCGCCCUGUGUGGUUUCUGCUUUCACAUGAAGACCUGGAAGCCGAGCACUAUUUACCUUUUUAACCUAGCUGUGGCUGACUUCCUUCUCAUGAUCUGCCUGCCCUUCCGGACAGACUACUACUGGAGACACAGGCAAUGGGCCUUCGAGGACAUCCCCUGUCGGGUGGCCCUCUUCAUGCUGGCCAUGAACAGGGCGGGGAGCAUCACCUUCCUCACGGUGGUGGCCGUGGACAGGUACUUCAAAGUGGUCCACCCCCACCACGUGGUGAACACCAUCUCCAAUCGGACUGCGGCUGGCAUCGUCUGUGCCCUUUGGACCAUGGUCAUCCUGGGGACUCUCUAUCUUUUGUUGGAGAACCAUCUGUGUGUGCAUGGGAAGACCAUAUCUUGCGAGAGCUUCAUCAUGGAGUCGGCCAACGGCUGGCACGACAUCAUGUUCCAGCUCGAGUUCUUCCUGCCCCUCGGCAUCAUCCUGUUUUGCUCCUUCAAGAUCGUUUGGAGCCUGAAGCAGAGGCGGCAGCUGGCCAGGCAGACUCGGAUGAAGAAGGCUACCCGGUUCAUCAUGGUGGUGGCCGUUGUGUUCGUCACGUGCUACCUGCCCAGUGUGUCGGCCAGACUCUAUUUCCUCUGGACGGUGCCCUCAAGCGCCUGUGACCCCUCGGUCCAUGUAGCCCUCCAUGUCACCCUCAGCUUCACCUACAUGAACAGCAUGCUGGACCCCCUGGUGUAUUAUUUUUCGAGUCCCUCGUUCCCCAAAUUCUACACCAAGCUCAAAAUCUGCAGUUUGAGACCUAAGAAUCCAGGACGCUCCAGGACCCAGAGGUCGGAAGAGAUGCCAAUUUCAAACCUCUGUCGCAAGAGUUGUGUCAGCAUGGCAAAUGGCUUCCAGAGCCAACCCGACGUGCAGUAG